AUGGAGAGGCAAGGAGUUAAAAACAAUUCAAGUUCUCCGAAUUCUGCGAACUUUAAUGGGAGAAACUCAAACAACCAACAUGAUAGAGGCAACAAGUUGUUGCCUUUCUCCAUAGAAGCCAUAUUAAGUGCACCGCAUCCAAAGAAAGAACCCGCGACAAGAAAAAGAGUACAUUCUUCUUCGCGAGAAACUGGCCACGAGGACUUGAGUUCACCUCUCUCAACUCUAGAGGACUUUACGAGUAGCAGUCUACCUGAGCGUGGUGAAAAUCAAUUGGAAAAUCCCGAAAUAGGUAAGCCUACAACCUUGUGUAUUUCGACAGUUCCCUGCAACAAAAGCCAGGAAGUUCAUAGCGGGAAGUAAUGCAGCAUUAGGUCUUAAAAGCUUUAGCUCUUUGACCGUUUGUAAACAACCUUAGAAAAUUCCACUGUCUCAAUGAAUUCAGGUCCCUUAGCGCAUUAUAAAUAACACUGACCUGUCCAAUUCUCCAAGCAAUCGAAAAGCAGUUAAAACGGUAUUGUUUGUUCUCGAUUUGCAUGGCAGUUUAAGCUUUGUUAGUAGGUUUUGCCCUUGCGUUUUAUUUAUUUAUACGUGCUCGCUGACCUGUAACUCAGUGAAUUUAUCAGUCAGCUUAGCAAUAUUUCGCUGCCUUUUUUCAGCGGCAAAAACUCUUCAGCACAGACUCGUGGCUUUCCAGGCAAGAUUGAACGCCAGGAAACGUCGCAAGGCAAGAACAUGUUUCACAAAUCAACAAAUAUUUGAGCUCGAGAGGCGGUUCGUGUAUCAGAAGUACCUCUCGCCCGCGGAUAGGGACGAAAUUGCUCAUUCACUGGGAAUUUCUGGAGCUCAAGUCAUCACAUGGUUUCAAAACAGACGGGCUAAAUUUCGUCGAGACCUCGAAGAAAUGAAAAGCGACGUUCAAGCUGCGAAGAUUAUGGACAACAAGCAAAUAAACAAAUUGUGCAAGCGUUUGGAAAUUUAA